CACGACGCUCUUCCCAUCUGUGGAUUUCUGAAUCCUGGGGAGAGGAGAAAGAUUUCCAAAGAGGACGCGUGGGUAGGGACGCUCAGCCAGCGAGCCGAGAGAGAAAUUGGAGCGCUCCGAGGGAGGGGCUUAAGGGGGAAGCUUUAGAUAAAAGAGCCUGUACGGGAGAAGCUAAGGGAAUUGCAAAAGGAGCAGGAGCUAAAGAGUAGAGGAUCCUUCAGACUGGAGAAAGGGAAAACUAGAGAAGUUCCCGAGGCACCUUGCAGCCUGCCUCCUCCCCACUUCAAACUCCUCUCCCUUCCCCGAAAGUUAAAGAGAAAGCCAAGGCUGCUGCUUCUCCCCUGUUUCUACUCAAUAAAUACUACUUUUACCCUCCCACGGGAAAACACAAAAGAACUCAUUUCCUUCUCAAUUUUCGGGCUUAGAAAAGAUCGAGGCAUCGCAAUUUGAUUUUUAGCUUGGGAGAAUCAAACUAGGGAGGGUAUUGCUCUAUUUUCAAAGUCCCGCACCUCAUCCUUCCCCGGACGCCAUGUCUACGAGCAGCUGUAGUUUCAAUGACCGGCGCGUGUCCAUCCUGUGUUGCAAAUUCUGUAAACAAGUGCUCAGCUCUAGGGGAAUGAAGGCUGUUUUGCUGGCUGACACUGAAAUAGACCUUUUCUCUACAGACAUCCCUCCUACCAAUGCAGUGGACUUCAUUGGAAGAUGCUAUUUCACUGAAAUUUGCAAAUGUAAACUGAAGGACAUCGCAUGUCUAAAAUGUGGGAACAUUGUAGGUUAUCAUGUGAUUGUUCCAUGUUGUUCCUGCCUUCUUUCCUGCAACAAUGGACACUUUUGGAUGUUUCACAGCCAGGCCGUUUAUGGUAUUAACAGACUAGACUCUACUGGUGUAAACUUCCUACUUUGGGGCAACUUGCCAGAGGUAGAAGAGAGUACAGAUGAAGACAUGUCAGAUAUCUCCGCAGAGGAGUGUAUUAGAUGAAUAGAAUUAUAAUAGAUAUAAUAUUUAAACUUUUUCCUAUGUAAAAAAUAUAUUAAUGGACCAAUUCAAAAAUUGUUAGUAAGGAUUUGCCAGUGAUUUAUUUUUUUGGAAAACAAAAAUGGGGCAUUUGUUGAUUUAUUUAUUUUCUGUCUCAAAUUAAUUACCUGAGUUUACUGAACCAAUGUAGUCCUUUUCUUCUACUUCUGCUUCUACUUCUACCCUUCCUCUCUCCAUCCCUCUUCCCAGUAUAGGUGUACUCUUAAAUUCAGAUAGAUAGUAGAAGAAUCUUUCAUGUGUCACUCAACUAUCUCCCAAUCUGGGGACGGUUUUCUUACAACUAGAUGCCAGAUGCUAUUAAUUUUACAUUCGAAUAAGGGGCAUUAGUAUCCACACAUAUAUCACCAUGCUUAUAUCCAUGCAUAAAUCUAUGCAUAUAACCAUGCAUAUAAGCAUGUAUAUAUGUGUGAAGCACAGCUGGGAAUUAAAGCUUAACAGGGACUUUUUAAAAAUAGGCUGUUAGGUUUCCAUGGGUACUGGUUAUCAUAUGUUAUAUUGGUGAUAACUAUGUUAAUAUGGAACACGACUUUGUGAAUGUAUGGGGAAAUCCUCUUGAUUCCUCAGCAUGAUUUUAGAUAAAUGAAUUUGCCAGGAAAUUAUCAAUAUAUACUGUUUACUAAUAUUAUUUAUUUACAUUCUUCUAAAGUCAUAUGGAUAUUGUAUUAUGAAAGCCAAAUAACCUCCAUCUUUAAGUUUUCCCAUUCUCCAGGGCUUUCUCUGUGAAUAGCAAAUUUUAGAUGAGUAGUCUCAGUCCUAACCCUUAAAUAGAAAAAAAUUAAAGAAGUGGUUUGCUUAAGCCAUUGUACAUUAUAAAGAAGGUUUUUUAAAUUUUGUUUUGCUUUGUUUUGUUUUGUUUGUCUGCAUUCAGAGCCACACAGGAAUAAGAAGCUGGGAUAGUGUUGGAUUCUUGUUUUAUGAAAAGCUAAAAAUCAAUGUAUCACCUUAACUAAUAUUUUAACCAAAGGCAUUUUGUCAAUAGUA